GCCCGUUUGCACCGCUUAAGCAACAUUUCCAUCGCAUCCCCCAUCUACGAAAACUCUCUUGGUUCAUAGUUUUCUUCCUCCAGAACCCCAGUUCCUCCUGCUGCUUGACCAGGUGGAGAGAGAAUCGAGAUGCCGUCUCUGCAAACAGCUUUGCCUCCUGAACUGGCAGACAAUGUUCUAAGGCUUUAUCGCGAGUGCCUUCGAAGAGCGAAAUACAUAGGGCAUCAGCAACACAAUACUCAGCUUCUUGUUGACUUGGUGAGGCAGCAAUUUAGACGGCACAUGCAUGAGACAGAUCCCAGGCAAAUCCAAAAACUUAAGGAUGAUGCGGCAAGGGGGCUGAUUAACCAUAUACUGUAUGAAUCAGAGAAGAUGACUGGUCGCAAAUUCAGUAAAGGCUCGUAAUGUCGAUAUUCACUAUCUGUUUCAAUGGGCUUGUUGACGAGGUUUCGACUGCUUAUGAAGUUAGUUUAGCUUCAGUGGCAAUAAGAUACCUCUUUUUUUAUUCCCCAUUGCUGCAAUUGACUGUGAUGCUAACGUAAAACUGCAAGCAAUGUGUGUUGCGGAACAGGACAAGGGUCAAUGGAUCGCUGUGGGAGGUCUAAUGUUGGAUAUGGUCACAAUUUGUGGUCAUGUCACAACUCAGAAGGCAAAUGCAUUUGACAGCACGAUUGAUUUUCA